AUGGAGUAUAGGACUGCAAGUCGAAUCCGUAAUCAUGGUCACUAUGUCUGCAGUACCUGGGGGAACUAUCAUUUUAAGACUUUUGAUGGUGGUUUUUACCAGUUUCCUGGCGUCUGCAGCUACAACUUGGCCUCUCAUUGCCAAGACUCCUAUCAAGAAUUCUCUGUCCAUAUUCACCGGUCAUUGGUCAAUGGUCAUCCGUUUAUAGACAAGAUCACCAUCACCAUCAAAGAUGUGACUCUUCAGAUUAAGAGUAACUUAGUAGUGGUGAAUGGAGCUAUUGCCAGGACACCUUUCUACAAAUUUGGUAUUCUCAUGCAUGAAAACGAUGGCUAUUUUAAGAUGUACACAAAGGUUGGCUUGACCCUCAUGUGGAACAGAGAAGAUGCUAUCAUGGUGGAGUUGGACCCAAGGUUUCUCAAUCAUACUUGUGGCCUAUGUGGGGAUUAUAAUGGAGAUCCCACAAAAAAUGAAUUUCUCUCAGGGGACAAAAUUCUCAGUCCGAUAAAUUUUGGAAAUCAGCAGAAUGUGAAUGAUCCAAAUGAAGUGUGUAAGGACACAGAUGACACUGAAAUCAUAAACCCAACACAUUGUUCUAAAUAUCUCUCUGUAUGUAAGGAACAUCUAGUCCAAGCUGUGUUCUCUGACUGUAUGAACGUUCUGAAUCUGGAAGCCUACACCCAGGCCUGUAUGAUUGACAUGUGCUCCUGUGACCAAUCCCAAGACUACUUCUGCCUGUGUAGUACCAUCUCUGAGUAUUCCAGACAAUGCUCUCAUGCUGGCGGACACCCAAGAAACUGGAGAACUAAGAACUUUUGUCCUAAGAAAUGUCCUGCUAAUAUGGUCUAUCAAGAAAGCGCCUCACCCUGCACAAAUUCCUGUUCCCACCAAGAGGUGCACAAUCUGUGUGAGGAGCAUUACAUGGAUGGCUGCUUCUGUCCUGCGGGUACGGUGCAGGAUGAUUACACUGACAGGGGCUGCCUACCGGUUGAUGAGUGCCAUUGCAAACACCAAGGGAAACUCUAUGCCCCAGGAGAGUUGAUUCUAAAUGAUUGUGCCAAAUGUGACUGUGUUGCCGGAAGAUGGAACUGCACAGAUCUCCCCUGUCCUAAAGUUUGCUCAGUUGAAGGUGGAGCCCAUUUUACCACUUUUGAUGGGAAGACAUAUACUUUCCAUGGGAACUGUUACUAUGCGCUGGUGAAGACACAAAAUCUGAUCUUGGGCAAGCUGAUGCCUUGCGGUUCCUCUGAGAGAGAGACUUGCCUCCAGUCUGUUAUACUAGUCACAGACAACUUAAAAAACGUUGUGAAACUCAAAUCAGAUGGAACAGUUGUCCACAAUGACCUUAAGGUUAUGCUUCCUUAUAUCACAGCCAACUUUUCCAUACUACAACCAUCUAAGCCCUAUGUUAUUGUUCAAACUGCUCAUGGCCUCCAAAUGCAAAUACAGCUAAUACCAAAAAUGCAACUGUAUAUCACUAAGGAGAAAGCUUCCAAAAAACAACCACAAGGUCUUUGUGGGAAUUUUAACUCCAAGGAAGGAGAUGACUUUACAACACCUGGAGGUCUUGUUGAAGCCACAGCAUCAGCCUUUGCCAACACAUGGAAACUUCUGGCCACUUGUCGUGACAUGUCGGACUGGUUGGACGAUCCUUGCAGCAUUAGCAUUGAGAACAAAAAUUACGCAGACUAUUGGUGCUCUAAGUUAGAAAAUGUUGAGUCUCCUUUUGCCAAGUGUCAUUCCACAAUAGACCCUACUGAAUAUGCAAAGAGAUGUCGCUAUGACUCAUGUAGCUGUAAGGACAGUGAGCAUUGUAUGUGUGCAGCUCUCUCCUCCUACGUCAGAGCCUGUGCCACGAAGGGGAUCAUUCUGUGGGGAUGGAAGAAUGGAACCUGUGAUAAGGAUAUUACAUCCUGCCCAUCUAGCCAAAUCUACCUGUAUAACUUGACCACCUGCCAGCCGACCUGCCGGUCCCUGGCAGAGGAUGAGAAGGCUUGUGGUAGUGUUUUCACCCCAGUAGAUGGUUGUGGGUGUCCAGAUGGACAGUAUUUGAAUGAGAAGGACCAAUGUGUACAUCGAUCUAAGUGUUCCUGCUAUUAUCAUGACACUUACCUGAAACCCAGAGAGAUAAUCAGCACAAAGGAUAAGCACUGCAUCUGCCAAAAUGGGAAUCUUGCCUGCACUGAUAAGGUCAACAAAACUUGUCCUGGAGGGAAAGUUUACUUGGACUGUGAUAAGAGACAGCCCCUGGCACCAGGAGCUCCUAUACGCAGAAGCUGCACGACUCUGAGUAUUGAAUACUUCCAGACAGAGUGUAUCUCAGGGUGUGCUUGCCCCAGUGGACUUCUAGAUGAUGGAGCCGGAGACUGUGUCCCUGAAGAUAGAUGUCCUUGUGUCCAUAAUGAAGACAUUUAUCCGCAUGGAUCCCAGGUCAAGGUGGACUGCAAUACUUGUUUUUGCCAGAAAGGAAAAUGGACCUGCACGAAUAGUGGCUGCUAUGGAACAUGUACAAUCUAUGGAAAUGGUCAUUAUAUCUCGUUUGACAGUAAAAUUUAUGACUUUGAUGGGAAUUGUGAAUUUGUGGCUGCCCAGGACUACUGUGAACCCGACCGUUCUGGUGGCAGCUUCAGUGUCCUCACUGAGAAUAUUCCAUGUGGUACCACUGGAGUUACAUGUUCAAAAUCGGUCAAAGUCUUCCUAGGGAAUACUAUGCUAAGAUUAUCAGAAAAACAUAUAGUGAAGACUGUUGGAGAAGGAGGAAAACAUGUAGAUUAUCAAACCCGCGAAGUAGGUAUUUAUUUGGUCAUUGAGGCAAGUAAUGGCAUUCUUCUAAUUUGGGACAAGAAAACCACCAUAUUCAUCAAAGUAUCACCUGAAUAUAAGGGAAAACUGUGUGGUUUGUGUGGCAACUUUGAUGACAAUUCACAAAAUGAUUUUAAAACCAGACACAUGAUACAAGUCGUUGAUGUUUUGGAAUUUGGAAACAGCUGGAAAGUGGAUGCCACGUGCCCUGAUGCUACUGAUGUACUCAACCCCUGCAGUCAAAAUCCUCAUCGACAUUCCUGGGCUGAGAAACAGUGUGGUCUAAUCAAAAGUCAAGUUUUUAAAAUCUGUCAUAGCAAGGUUGAUCCAAUACCAUUUUAUGAGGCCUGUGUAAAUGAUGCCUGCUCAUGUGACAGUGGUGGAGACUGUGAAUGCUUCUGUACUGCAGUUGCUGCCUAUGCUCAGGAAUGUACCAAAGCAGAAGCCUGUGUCUACUGGAGAACACCAGACAUAUGCCCGAUAUUUUGUGACUACUACAACCCUAAGGGUGAAUGUGAGUGGCAUUAUCACCCAUGUGGUAAUCACAGUGUAAAAACGUGUCGUUCCAUCAACAACAUCUACACUAAAGUCACCAUUACUUAUCUGGAAGGUUGCUACCCAACUUGCCCAAAGGAUAAACCUAUUUUCGAUGAGGAAAACAAGAAAUGUGUGACCAAGGAGCAAUGUGGUUGCUAUGUUAAUGAGGUUCACUACAAAUCUGGAAUAGAAGUGCCUCAUUAUAUGAAUUGUCAUAAAUGUGUCUGCUCUUCAAAUGGAAACAUUGACUGUCAAAAACAAGCUUGUGCUUAUGAAAAAGUGUGCCAGUGGACCCAAUGGCUUGAUGUAAGUAAGCCAGGAGAUGAUGUGGGUAGUGGUGACUAUGAAACAUAUGACGAGAUAAGGAAACACCAUGUGUUCUGUGAAGUCCCAGAACAGAUUCAAUGCAGGGCAGCAAAUGCUCCCAAUGUCAACUUGGAUAACUUAAAACAGGUUGUACAUUGCAAUGUCUCAUAUGGACUCAUCUGUAAGAACAGUGAGCAGAAACUAGAUGACAACCUUUGGCAAAAGUGUUUUAACUAUGAAGUCCAAGUGGAGUGCUGCCAGUGGAUAUGUUCUGAAUCCACCCCAUUAACCACAACUCCUAGUGGCAUCAGUACAUCUACCACAAUCCUGGAGACUACAACCAGAAGUCUAGAUAUAACUUCAGGAUCUGCACUUUUUUCAUCCUCCAUUACGCCAGAGCUGGCAACGCAAGCACAAAGUUGUACACCUGUUUGUUCAUGGUCGGAAUGGUUUAGUGUGAGCUACCCUACAUAUGAAUCAGGAGGGGAUUACGAAACGUACGAUAAUAUCAGACAGGCUGGACAUGAUGUCUGUGAGAGGCCACUGCACAUUUCCUGCAGGGCAAGACAUUGGCCAAAUAAAGCACUAGAUGAGCUGCAGCAGAAGCUGACCUGUGACGUCUCCUAUGGGCUUAUCUGUAACAACAAAGAACAGAACACGGCACCAGUGUGUUUUGACUAUGAGGUCCGUGUCCACUGCUGUAGAGUGCCAGAUAGGUGCUUACAUACAACUCCUGAAAGCUCAGGACACAAGUCCAGCACUUCAUUAACCACCACUACUAGCAGUCCUGGGACAAACACAACAUGGACAUCAAAGACCACAAAGCUCAGUGAGACAAGUUCUCAUACUUCUAUCUCCACUCCAAACAAAGAGACUUCUACUUCUACACGUGUGACCUCUUCCCCAACUACAAAUCAUCGAAGACUAAGUGUUGAUGGUCAUUCACCAAUAAGUGUGAAUGUGCACACCUGUUCACUUUCAACAUUUGGAAUAAACAUCAAGACGCCGCGGACAACAUUUAAGACUACUGUGAAGUUACCCCAAGGUUUUGAGAUCCUGCAGAGGAUUUGGCAUCCAUUGACUUACAAUGAAUCAGUUCAUAAUACUGGAAGAACAACUAAGAAAACCACCAUCACAUCUCCAGCCAGUACAAGUAAAGCGGAAACAAUACACAUAGGACCUGAAUCCACACCAACCCCAACUACUGAAGCUUCAUUCACUACCAUCAUAUCAUCUCCUAAUACCACACCUGUCACCAUCUCACCAAGCACUCCUCCUGCUAAUACCUCUUUUAUAUCACCUACCACUUCCACCACAGCUUCACCUCUUGCUACUUCAAGUACAAGUAGAGUGAUUUAUACUCCUGAACAAAUGAUCACCACAGAAGGUGGCACGACUUCCACCGUGACAUCUCUCCCUAAAACACCAAGUGAAUACGCCACUUCUGAAUCUGUAUUAACAUCAGCCACUACUGUUUCUGCUACUGAAUAUUACACAAGAAUAUUACUCAGAACUGAUGAGACUUCAUUGACCAUGGAACCUAAUAAAGCCACCUCUACUACUUCUCUGCCGAUCACAGUAACCACUACUACUUCUCUACCAACCACAGUAACCACCACUGCCUUAUUGACUCCAUCAACUACAAGUCAGGGUACAUAUACACCUACCAAAUCUAUGCCAAUCACAUCAGAAGCUACUGGUACCACCAAUACAUUUCCUUAUACUACAGGUGAAGUUACAACAGUCAGCAAACCUACUGAAAUAACAUUAACCGUUGAAACAACUACUGCAGGUUCUACUGCAUCACCUCCUACAACCGGCAAUGUAUCUCCUACUAUUUCUACAACUACUAUUUCUGAAUCUGUUCCAGCCUCAACCACUGCUGCUACUGAGUCCACCACAGUUUUUCCUGUUACAAAUAAAACCACCCGAGUAUAUACCAGUAAGAACUUUAUAGAAACCUCUCCCACUAAGUUUACACUAAGUUCCACUCCUUGGUUUCCAACUUCUAGUUCCACUCCAUCACAUAUUUCACCUGAAACUACCCUAUAUAAACAUACAAUUCCAGGUUCCUCAUCUAAAGCCAAUACUCCUAAUAAUAGAAGUCCCACCAUAACUCCUACUUUGACAAGCAAAGUGACUACAAGGUACAUCAGCACUGUUUCCGUACCAUAUGUGAGUACUAAGCAGGAUGAUACUACUGCUACGACUACAGCAACUGCAUCUUAUACUAGUCUAACAAAACUUACAACCUACAAACCUACGAAAACUAUACCAGGAUCAUCCUUUGAACCUAUUUCAACAUUGACUUCAGAAGCUUCUUCAAUCGGUAGCUCACCUUCUUCUACAUCAGGAAGUAGGAGCCAUAUGCCAUCUACUAUCCAAUCAACCACAGAAAGUACUAUAAAAAGUACAAUUCCUUAUUUAACAGAUAUCAGUAAAUUAUCUAUGACUACUACUACUACUAGUCAAGAGACAUCUACUACCGGCCACACUAUGAGGCAGACAUCAACUACAACUAGUUCAGUAAUCACUUCUCUUCCUGAACCAACUACUGCAAAAGAAACAAGUAUCUCAUCUUCUACAACAUGUGUUUGUAUGUAUAAUGGAACCACAUACCCCCCAGGGAAAAUAAUCAGCAAAGUAACCAAUGAAACAUGGUGCCAUGAAAUCAUUUGCAGUAUGAAAUGUAAAAUUGAAAUGAAUAACUGGCUUUGCUCCACAUCUUCUCCAGCGAGUACCUCAAUUCCAGCAUUAAAAUCAACAUCAGAUACUUCACCCCAUUUUACUAGCACAUCACCACAGAUGGCCUCCACAACAUCCAGCACAACUCCCUUAAAUGCAAGUCACAGUAAGACAACACCUAUGUUCUCAUCAACAACUGAGAAACGUGGUUGUUCCUUUGAGAAAUAUCGAGAGCCAAAUGAAACAUGGAGGCUCGAUAAUUGCACACUGGCCAAAUGCUUGGAAAACCACACGGUAGAGAUUAUUGAACUGAAGUGCAAGUCUCCACCUAUGAUCACCUGUGCCAAUGGGUACUCACCAAUAGCCAUACCAGAUGAAGACCAAUGCUGCUGGCACUGGGAAUGUGAUUGUGUUUGCUCCGGCUGGGGCGAUCCACACUACAAGACAUUUGAUGGAACCUACUACACUUUUCAAGGCAACUGCACCUAUACCCUAGUCGAGGAGAUAGAGAAGAAGAAUAACUUCACAGUAUACUUGGAUAACUAUGACUGUGGAACAAAGGACUUGGUAUCCUGCCCACGAAACAUGAUUGUGCUCUAUAAUACUCAAGAAAUCCAACUUGUGGUUGGUGGUUCACAAGACACCGAUAUACAGGUUGAUGUAAAUGGAGUUAUGGUAGGUACCCCAUAUCAGAAAUAUGGGGUGAAAAUUUACACUAUUGGCAUCUACUACGUGGUGGAAAUACCAGAACUGGGAGCUAAUAUUACAUACAAUGGCUUGACGUUCUCUGUCAAACUGCCUUAUGACCGAUUUGGUCAUAAUACGCAAGGACAGUGUGGCACGUGCACUAACAACCGGUCAGAUGACUGCAAGACACGUGAUGGUGACAUUGUAUCAAAGUGCGAAAUUAUGGCUGAUUCCUGGAUCAUAGAAGAUCCCAAAAAACCUGGAUGUGGCAAGUUUAAGACUGCAGUGCCUCCUACAGUGACUUCUCCUUCCCCUACUUGCCAACCAUCACCACUUUGCAGCCUCAUUAUGGGACAAACAUUCCAGAAAUGCCACAAGAUUGUGCCACCAGAAGAUUACCACAAGGCUUGUGUGUAUGAUAGCUGCCAUAUGUCAAGAUCCAAGAUUGAAUGCUCCAGCCUGCAGCAUUACGCUCAACUCUGCGUAGAUAAAGGAAUUUGUAUAGACUGGAGGAGUCAAGCCCCAGAAUGCUCCAUGCCAUGUCCCUCUCACAAGGUCUAUAAUGCCUGUGGUUCAGCCAGACCAAGAACAUGUCAAACCACGUAA